CGUGAUCUGACGAGGGGAAUUAGCACAGAAAUAAAGUAUUUACAAUUUUCUUCUUUGACAAUAGGAAAGGUUAUAUUAUGUAGAGUUUUUUUAAAAGAGAACAAAAAUUGUUGUUUUUUAAGUACAAACAGAGAAAACUUUGAUAAGUUGUCAGUUAAUGUCAUCAUGUGUUAAGUGUUAGCAUAGUGAUAUACGAUAUACCAUAUACAUGUCUUCAUCUCUGUUUGUUUCAACGUCAUAUUAAAUGAGUUUUUUCAAAUUAUCUCAUGUCUAUGUGUGGAUAUUUUGUGUUGAAUUUAAUAAAGGUGAAGAGGAAGAAGUGUAGCUUUUUGUUGUGAUCAAACAUUUGUUAUGAUCUUUGCAGAUUAAUAAAGUUUACCAGCAGUCAUUUUCUUUUGCUUAGUCAUAAUCAAGGUAAACAUAAUUUUUUUACAUCAUAAAGUUUUGUUGUAUGGAUAAGGAAUAAAGCGUUUAGAAAGGAUGACAACAAUAUGUGUUUACUUUGCAUUCAGUAAAAAGAUGUUAAAUAAAAUUGUUUUUUACUUUUUACUUCAAUGAUCGAAAACAGUUUUAAAUUCUACUUUGUGUUGUAUAUAUGUAUAUACGAAUUAUAUACUUUUGUUCUAUUUUUGUCUCCAAAAAAAUUCUGAUUUAAUAUUCUUUAAAUACUGUAGCGAGAUCUUUAAUUUUAAUUUCCAAACAUUUUUCUAUAGAGAUUUAUGUACAAUGAGUAAAAGGCCACGUAGUAGAAGUUCAUGUUGACAGUUACUUGCCAACAUAAACAAAGUUAAGUUUGAAAGACUGCACACGUUAAGUUAAAUUGUUUUAUUGCUGAUAUUAUUCUGCGCAGAUGUCAUUAUAAGUUUUUAAGCAACAAAUAAAAGAAGAUUUUAAAGGGACUUUUCACCUGCACAAUGAUUUGAAAUUUAUGUUUCAUUGUUCGAGAAAAAUAUUUAUAAUUAACCCUAUGUUUAUAGAGCCAAAGUUUUAAAAGAAGGUUUUCCAUUGUAAUGUGAGAAGAAUUUUUCAGCUUAUCAAUAUCUUAUAAAAAAAUUUUUAUAGUUUAAAGAAUUCUAAUAGUAUACACAUUGUUGAAUGAAAUACACUUGUUUUGUACCUAGCGUGUUGUGGACAGAUUAUUAAUGCAUCUCUUGUUUACCUAGGGAUAAAAAAAUAAUAUGCUGGAGGUUGUAGCAGACCAAAGAAACUUUCACAUUGAUUCUAGUAAACUAUAUCAUAGGAAAACCAAAUCAGAAACUGUUGAAAAUGGCUCUCGUUCAGGGUCUCCGUCAUACUUGGGAAACAUGCUUAUCCGUAGGCAAUAUUUUGGAUCGAUGGAAAUGAUACCUGUUCAAGCUGAAUCAAACAGCCCAUUACUGAGAAAAGCUAGCAGAUUUCGUGUCGAGCCUAGUGAUGAUGUAAAGUUUACUCAGUUAAUUGCGAGAUCCCCAUCGUUAGCAAAAUUGGAAAAUCCAGAAUUCCAAACAAGAUGGUACUUCAAAUUUUUUUUAGGCCAAGUCCAUAGCAAUUAUGUGUUUGUCGAUUCAAACAAGGAAACUUACGCGCUGUCUAUAUGUUUGACUGAUGUUGAAAAUCAUGGUAUCCCACAGUAUCGAGCAAUAUUAUGGCAGAAGUCAGGAUGUCGUAGAAUAUCUUUUCCCUAUGUGCCAAACAAGAGCAACUCUGCCAGAGAGGUUUUAAGGUUUUUUGGAAUGGAUAAACUUGAAAAAACUCCAAAAGAAAUUGUGGCUCCAGAAGUUCAAAAGGAACUGCUAGUCUUAGAAGAACAAGAGGGUUCGGUCAAUUUUAAGUUUGGUGUCAUUUAUGCUAAGCAUGGACAAAGCACUGAUGAUGAGAUGUUUGGAAAUGAGAGUGGUAGUGAGGAAUUUGAAAAUUUUUUGCAUGUUCUGGGCGAUACAGUAGAUUUAAAAGGUUGGACUGGUUAUCGAGGUGGAUUAGAUGUCAAAGACAACAUGACUGGUAUUAAUUCACUGUAUACAAUGUUUGAAGGACAUGAAGUUAUGUUUCAUGUUUCUGUUAUGUUACCCUAUUCCAAAGAUACACAACAGGUUGAACGUAAGCGCCACAUUGGCAAUGACAUAGCUGUCAUUGUGUUUGUCGAUGGUGAACCAGAAGAAGAAUUGGCAUUCAAACCCUCGUCGAUUAGAACAAAGUUUACUCAUGUUUUUGCUGUUAUUCGUUACAGCAAAAAAAACAAGAGCUAUUGGCUGUCGGUCUAUUCAGAAGAAAAUGUUCCAGUUUUUGGCCCACCACUGCCAGUGCCGGCACGUUUUGUCAACCCACAAGAAUUCCGCUCCUUUUUACUCACGAAAUUGAUGAAUGGAGAGAAAGCAGCUUAUGUCAGUCCAGUGUUCAGUCACAAGCGUCAACGAACACUGGAGAGUCUUAUAAAAGGCUUACAAAAUGAUCAGUGGGCUAAAGUCGAGAAAUUUGGUAUUAAACGAGCAAUGAGUGAUCAAAUAAACAGUAUCGAACGAAGAAGAGCAUUCCUUGAAGUUGGACAGUCGCUGAAAGUCAAUAAAAUCAUGCAAGGUCAUGCACCUACAAGUGUCAACAAUGUUGGAGGUUUACUGGCUGUCAAGAAUACUCCCUGGGAUCCACAACCCGUACUCUCCAACUUUCCAAGAAAAAUCAUAUGUGGUGAUUCCUUUGGUAAUUCCCUUGUCGUGUCAUGUGAUCUUGGUAUUUAUCAUAUCACAGAUAGCGGUGCUCGCCACAUAUUUGAUCGCAGUAUGACUGCCGAUCAAAUCAACGUAAUGGACGAGUAUGGUAUAUUUGUUGUUCGAGUUAAAAAGAACGGCAGAAUCUAUGUAAUACCACUCACAGAGCUAGCCAAUGAACGUCCUUUUACUGUAUGCAGAAGACAGUGCGCGAAAUAUUACUUAAAAAAGUCAAAAGGUUGUCACGUUUACUCCAUCAGUCGACCUGAAUCACCUUUCCUUGCAUUGGCAUUAGCUGCAGGAAAACGCAUCUCACUUUUUUAUUGGGAAGAAUCGAGUAUAUGGUACCAGAAAGAAAAUUCCAAAAUUCCAGACGCCCCGCCCGCUCGUUUUGCAAGUGAAAAAGAUUUUUACGUUAGCGAAUCUCCACGUACCAUCACGAUUGUGCAUGACAUUAACGACCAGUUAUUAUUGUGUAUCGGUCUGCGUCAGCGGUUUGACGUCAUCAACGUACAGACGAAGCAAGUAUCAGUGUUGAAAAGCAUCAUUAAUUACCGGAAGCCGAAAAUAGUGUCAGCGCUGGACGUAUUUGACGAAGAGAAACCCGAACUUCUUCUAACGUAUAGUCAUACAUCAGUUUUUGUCACGCUACGUGAAGGGCUAUCCGAAGUAGUCAGUUUUCAUUGGAACCACGCGCCUAUAAAUAUUGUAUGUGCUUUUCCCUUCAUCCUGGGUUUCUCUGAGAAUAACAUUGAAAUUCGCUUGAUGGUUAAUGGCAACUUGGUGCAUACGCAUUGUGUACCUCGACUGAAGUUAAUCACGGCUAAGGAAGACAUUUACUUUACGUCAACUGUUACAACAGAAUCUCCCGUGAACAUCAAAAAACGGAAUAGUGUAUCGAUUCAGUCGCAAGCAUUCUUGAAAAUCGGGCUGUCCGAAUUAGCUGGUUUAGACGCAUUAAAGAAUGACGAAGAAACGGAUCUCGAUGAUAUUGCAAACGUGUUGAGACAAAGAAACAUCGGCGUGUAUGAAGAUCAUAAUAAUUACAAAAUGAACGCCAUCAACAGACUACGCGUGGCUGGUAUGCCGGCCAGAACUUACUCGGACUCGGCAGCAUUUUGUUCGCCGAGAGACAUCAGCGAAGCUGAAAUACAUAUUCAUGACUCCCCUUUGUCAUCUAAAGAAACGUCUCCAGCGCACGUGACUACUACAGACUCUCAUUUAAAUAACAGUGCGCCUAAAACUCGCUCGAGAUCGAAUUCGUUCGUUGUUAAAUCGAAAUCUUCGGAGAACCUUAAUAAAUUAGACGGGCAUAGAAUGAUAAUCAGCCCGUCGAAAUCAAUUGAGAACAUUGAAAAAGUAUCAGAGAGAAACGUUAAGAAAUAUUCAGUUAAUACGGACGGUGCUGUUCCUUUAUGGAAGCUGGCACAACAGAAUGACAGGACUCGGAGUUUACCCACAAGUCCCGUCAACCAAUUACCGCAAGCCAGUUUCUUUUAUACACCGCAAAAACGUUUCGUAAAAUAUCAACAUUCGAAUAGUCUCGCUCGAAUUGAACGAGUCGGCGCUAAGUUUAUCGAGAAACGAACAGCAUCUGUGAAGUCAUUACCGGAGAGUGUAAAUGCCAGCGUAACAGCGAAAAAAAGUCCUCAAAAAGCGAAACGCGCGCAAAGUAUUGUUGUAACGAGUAAAUAUGACACGAUGUCGUGGGAUUUGUCAGUGACGAAUUCUUCAACGUUACCGACGCACAAAAAGUCGACGAUAGUAUGAGCAUUUCCAAGAAAGUUACUACCAUUUAAUAUCAGAUGUUAUAAAGCCGUUAGAGCGACUCCUGCAAAAAAACGACAGUUCGUGAUGAAAACAUGGAUUGAAUACGAAAAUAUGGAGUUAUGAUUAUGAUAUGCAAAUUUCUAUUUAUUGUUGUUUUUACCUGUCAUUUUGCUACUGCUUGUUAGAAUAAAAAUGAUUUUUCUUUAUAUAUAUGUACAUGUAUGGAAAUAUAGUAUGCGAGUGUCCGUUCGAAUAAUACACGUUGGUGUUUGUUGAUAAUGGAAUUGUAUAUAUUGGUCGAGAUAGAUGUGUAUGUAAUACGCCUAUUUUCAUAUCAUAUUGUCCGUAAAUAAAAACGAGAUUGGUAGGUAAAUUCUGUCAGAAAAGUUUAUCAGAAAUGUGCAAAAUAUUUUCAAAAUUUCAGAAAAAAGCCAGGAAUAUCAGCAAUUUCUUUGAUAUAUCAGGAAAAAUCUCAACAUUUUAUUUUUCAAAAUAUAUUGGCAAGAAUUAAAUUUCAAAGCAGUUCUUAAUUAAAUUUGCAUUCAUUUUUUUACAGUUUGCUCAAUUAAUAUGCUUGGAGUUAAAAAUUGUUAAGUGGACACCCUGGGUAACUGUUAGCUUUUGUAACCAAAUGCGUUUGCAGUGAAAAAAUAAUCACUACUGCUUCACUGUACUUGCCUCGAUUUUAAAUACGCAGCCUCGUUUUUUACUUACGGCAAAAUAGAUAUGAGAAAUGGGGUAUUGUUUGUACUCCUUCGCACUUGUUCAAUUGUUCUCCACUGGUGUUGUUGAAUAUUUUGGUUUACCUUCGCUCAAUCUCAAACGUUUGCAAAUGCGUAUUUGUGCACUAAUAAAAGGACGAAAGCACAGAUUUUCUUCAAUGUAGUCUACUUCGUACCAGCCUUUUUAUUAGACAGUGAGACGUAGCGGUUACAAAUUGUAAAUAUGUCAGUUUUAUUGACACAAAGUUAUUUUUCUAAUGAACUAUUAUCACAUUCUUAUUUUUUAUAAUCGAUUAUGGAUGUGAUAGCUUAUUGCUGAUCUAUAUAAAAAAGAACAUGAGAAAUUAGGA